AUGUCAACUCUUCGAUACAUAAUACUUUUCUUUAUAAUAUUAAGUUUACUAAAUGUUGCAUUAGCGAUCAGAUGUGGACCAAAUUUUAAAAAUGCCAAAUGUCCAGGUGAUACUUGUUGCUCUCGAAAGGGAGUUUGCGGAACAGGCGCACAUUGCGGAAGAGGGUGUCAACCUAAUUUUGGUAGAUGCAAUACGUUUGUUAAAACCCACACAAAGCCUUGUGUGACCAAAACUAAUAAACCUACUCCAUCAAUUUCGGUUGACAGUUUAUGUGGCCCGAAUCAUGGAAAUGCUACAUGCCGCAAUAAUCUAUGUUGUUCUAAAUCAGGUCAUUGUGGUAGUACUUCAAAAUAUUGCAAAAGCGGAUGUCAAUCAUCAUUUGGAAGAUGUGAUUCUUCCAAUUUAAAAUCAUCAAUUUCACCAACAACAGAAAUAGAAACACCAACUACAGAAACACCAGCCACAACAACCUCAACAGAAACAGAAACAUCACCAACAUCAACUGCAACAACAGAAAGUCCAACAACACCAACUACAGUAACAACAGAAACAGCAACAACAGCAACAUCAACAACAACAACAUCAUCAUCAUCACCAACUACUUCCAAGUUUCCAAUUUCGACUGAUGGUGCAUGCGGGCCUAAAAAUGGAAAUGCUGUAUGUCCUAAUGAUGAUUGUUGUUCAGUAAAUGGAUUUUGUGGAUCAACAAAAGAUCAUUGCGGAACAGGUUGCCAACAAGAUUUUGGAUUUUGUGGUAUAAUUAAUGAUGGUUUAGAAAUAAUUACUACUUGUUCCAACAAAAAUACUAUUGCUAUUACUUUUGAUGAUGGUCCAAGACAGCUUGCUGGUCGAGAAGCAAAAGCAACAUUCUUUAUUAAUGGUCAUGCAGAACCAGGAUCUUGCAUUUAUGAUUUCGCCGAUAUAAUUCAACGUGCUCAUACCGAAGGUCAUUUAUUAGGUUCACAUACUUGGUCACAUCCUCAUUUAGCUCAAGUAAAUGAAUCAGAAAUUGUUUAUCAAUUAGAUCAAUUAGAAACGGCAUUUAAUAAAAUUCUUGGUACCACACCAAAAUAUUUCAGACCUCCAUUUGGUGAAGGAUUGAAUGAUCCUACACUUCGUAAGGAAUUAAUAAAAAGGGGUUAUAAAGUAGCAUUAUGGGAUAUUGAUACUCGAGAUUUUGAUGAGGAUUUUAAAACAUCAAAAGAACUAUUUUUACAACAAUUUAAUGCAUCAGAAAAAGGUACACCACAUAUUGUUUUAAAUCAUGACAGAGUAGUAACUACAAGUGAAUUAUUGGGUCUGUUUGAAGUAGAAUAUUCUAUUUCUCAAGGAUAUCAAGUACAAACAGUAGCUGAUUGUACAGGUGAUAUUAAUCCCGAAGAUUGGUAUAAUGGACCAGUAAUAUUUGGAACUAGAGAUGAUACAUGGAAAUGUACUUCGGAUGAUAUGCAUUUACAAAUUCCCAGUUUAGAAUCUUAA